AUGAAAUCUCAGCUUCCAGGCCACAGGGCGGCCAAGAAGCCACCCCCAACCCCCCGUCGCCCAUCUCCUAUCUCGAAAGCUACGCACCCCGCAACUCCACCCGAACGAGUUACCCGACAUCACAACGUCCAGGAGGAGUUCCUUAUUUCGACCACCUACUCCACUAUCGCCGCCAGAGCUCUUUCAUUCCAAGGACAAGUGCUCACUGGCGUCCCGCCGCUUCAACUGGCCCAGAAUGGCUUCUACUACGAGCCUCGGGUAGGAGACCUGGCAUGCUGUUUUGCUUGCCAAUCGGCCAAGCGCCUAGCCAUCUUCAAGAGCACCCCUAUCGAAGAGGUGCAGCAACUACACAUAGCAGACUGUAUAUGGCAGGUCUUGUACCUGGACUUGAAACAACACUUAGAAACCCCCGACGCAUUCCCCCACCCAAUCACUGCAUCCCCUUCGCCUAGAGAGUCAACUCCUAGCCGCCAUUUUUCCUCGGACAGGAAACAACUCGAAACGAGUGCCGCCGACUCCAGUAUACAUCCACAACCAACCUAUGCCUCUGUAUUUCAGCACCCGACUACAUCUCCACCGCAAUCGACACCCAAAACCCACGAACCCGUCUCUCCAACCAAACUCACACUCACAAUUGAAGAUCUUCAUCGCCGUUUCCACAAUAAAACGCCACCAUACCAGUUCGAGAACAAGACAAGAAAAUGCCCGGCUAAUCGAAUUCGCCACAAACCCGCAUCUGCAACAGAGUCGUUGUCCAAUUUUUUGAGCUCGGCAUUACCAGCAUUCUCACGGUUCCUAACAGAAAUGCAGCCAAAAGGUUGGAUCGCGCGAUAUUUGGGGGGCGUGGAUAUGGGAGAUGAAGAGAGCGCAAGUCGUGCUGGAGGAAGUUGUUAG